GAAGAAUUCAUGAUGGACACGGCGGGUUGAGGUUGUAAUUAUUGUCAACUGUAGCUCAGCCAUGCCAACUGACUUUCAGCAGUAGUUCAAGAACAAGACAAACUCUGCACGAAUUCGGACAUUUAAAUUCAAUGGAUUCCAAAAGCACUGAAAAUUCUACCACAAGGACCGCUCAACAAGAUGCGGCUUCUAGUACUAAAAUUCGGCAACAAACUCCAGCCAGAUUAACAAUGCAGGAUGUCGACUCGGUCAAAGGAUACGAUCCGACGAAGCCUAGGAAAGUUCCAGUAAAACCGUGGUCAGAGUGGCGAUUGGAGACAGAUUUUGAAAUAGGAAAACCACUCGGAGAAGGAAAAUUUGGUCAUGUGUACAUGGCUAGGACUCGACGAGAAAAGUUUGUCGUUGCACUAAAAGUGAUUCAUGCCAAACAGAUUGAAGAGGAUAAGAUGGAAAAUCAAAUAAACCGAGAAACUGAUAUUCAUGCUUUCCUUGACCACGAAAACGUGAUAAAAAUGUUUGGAUUCUUCCGUGAUGUCGAUAAGAUUGUUUAUAUCCUGGAGUAUGCUCCUGGAGGAGAGGUUUACGGAGAGCUUUUAAACCAGCCGAAACAGAGAUUUGAUGACCAACGAGCUGCUACGUACAUUUUUCAAUUGACUGAAGCUUUGGGUUACUUGCAUCAACGGGAAAUUAUUCAUCGAGAUAUAAAGCCGGAAAAUUUAUUGUUAGGAUACUACGGUGAGAUAAAAAUGGCAGAUUUUGGAUGGUCUAUUCAAACCAGCGGUUCAAAACAAAACAGCCGUCGUAAAACUUUGUGCGGAACCUUGGACUAUCUGCCACCAGAAAUGGUUGAUGGCCGAUCAUACGAUCACAAGGUUGAUCUCUGGUGUCUGGGUGUCUUAACAUACGAAUUUCUGGUUGGAAAGCCACCAUUUGAAACAGAUCACCGGGACGACACUUAUCAACGCAUUCGUACAUUGACCUUUGAGUUUCCCAAAUGGGUAUCGAACGAUGCCCAAGAGUUUAUUUGCAGUAUCUUGAUCACUGAUCCUUCUUGUCGUCUCUCCCUAGAGGCGGUAAAGCGACAUAAAUGGUGCGGCACGAAUCGAUCCACUGAAAAGAAGCUAAUAAAGUUAUUUGAGCCUGUAGCUCACUUAGAAAAUGAGAUGCGGGCACGAUACAAUGAAGCUCGUCAAAUCAUGGAUGCGACUGGAAUUAAAUAAUGUGUGGACAAGUUUUAUAUUGUAUGUUUAAGUUAUUAUGCUUUGCUGAUAAGGCUUUCGUAUUAUAAUAAAUGCAUGUUAAAUUCGAAA